UAAGAAAUCGAAACGGGAAGCGACCGGCUUCUUCCCGCCCGAAAGCAAGAAGUGUACAAAUAAAUUAACCCUAAUUAAUUGCGCCGGGAAGCGAAAUAAACCCCACAACAACGCGGCGGUACGCCGUUGGCCUGGGCGGCUGCGAGCACAGCGCGAGCAAAUUUAGAUUAAUUAAAUGGACGGUUCAUCUAACGGCGGCACAACGACCACCGCUGGGCUGCUGAUACUGGAGCAGCAAAAGCAGCCACUUGCCGCAUCGAUGGCACCCUCACCGAAGAACAACAACGGUACCGCCACACCGGACGAACAGCAAAACGAACGUCGACUGGCACGGGAGAUGGAAGAGGCGAAGCGACGGAUGAAGAAGCGGGUAGAAUUUAUGCAGGAGCGCCUACCGCGAAGUGACAACUUUUUGGAGACGCCCGAUGAGACUCGAUUUCGAAUGCAAUCGCACGGGAAAGUGACAUCACACAAACCGAUAAGGAUGACCAGUACGAUGUCCUGGGGUAGUGACGGUACGCCGGUGUACGUGGGCAGUCCGGUGACGGAUGAAGAUUUCGAGCAGCUGAUCGAUAGCCGCAUGCAGGGCCUUGAGGAAAUCCGGUCCGACUCGGACUCGGACUUUGGGGACGAUCACGGUCUACCGCCGCAGCGGGUUGCCGAAGUGGGCCAUCGUCGUGAUGUCGGUGCACUGCGCAGACCGAUCGGUGGUGGUGCUAGCAGUGGCGGUGCUGGGGUCAAUGUUGGUGGACACCCGUCUGCCUCGUCCUGGAGCGAUGGCAGUAGUACGGUGAGCGAUGUGGAAGAGGAAGUGGAUCAUGAGCAGCAGCAGGAGUUGAAGACGCGCACUACUGCGGACCACUCACCGCUAGACCUUCCAUCGUCGAUGGAAGUGACCGGCGGACCGUUCCGAAUGCUGGUACCCCCGAUGAGCCCGGGCAGGCGGUCGGAUAGUAACGUGUUGUUCGGACCUUCCUCGUUGCCCAUAAUCCUUCCCUUCCACGUCCGGCGCCGAUUGUCCGAGUGUCGCGAAGAGGACGAAGAGGACGAGAAGCAGCAGCUGUCAUCACAUUCCCCACCAUCGGCUGCGCUCCGAUCAGUCGGUCCGAUACCCUCGAUCGUUAUCGGUACGAGCCCCACUGACGCGGAACCGUCGGUGGCAGGCAAAGCAACAACGCAGGAUGAAGAGAACGAAGCGACCGUACCACGUAAAUCACGGUUCAUGGUUACGAAGACGGAGGAGCAACAGCAGCAGGAACAGCACAAACAGCAGGAUCUGCCGAGCGCCGGUGUGCGGCUUCGGCCCGAAACGAUCGCGCUGCUGCCGGUGUCAGCGUCACUCAACUCGCAGACGAUUCACUUUCCGUGCAGUGGCAGUAGCAGCCAACAGUAUGACCAGCGCACCUCUUUGCGGUCGGUCUUUUCACCGGAUGCUGCACCGCACCUCAAUACGCCCCACCUUGAUCGGCGGUUCUUCGACACCUCGCUGGUAGAAAUCCGUCCACUAACCCAAAGCAGAGGCUCGCUAUCAUCGGCAACGGGAGCUGACACGACGAACGGUUAUGAAUCUGGAACCACUGCCAACUCAUUGCCCAAGGAGCCUUCGGUGGCUGGAGAACCGCAACCAGCUAAGAGUAACAUUCCGUUCGAGUUGGACGAGGUGUGGGUAAAGCGGCCGGAUCCGGUAGCCACCGCCUCAACCUCCAAAGAAGAUGCGUCGAAAGUGGGUGGUCGUGCCGCAACCUUACCGGUGAAUGCGAAGCCCAACUACGCAGCUUUUGCCGGCAGUCCCGAGAAACAGAAGUCGCCCACGAAGGCAGUGAUUGAUGGAGUCGAUGGUGCCAGCGCUGGAAACUUUCAGCGUCCUUCGACCGCUCCGGCCACUUCCGGCGAGUCGUCAACGCGUGCCUCCAAAAAGCAGAAGAAAAGCGAGAAGGAAGCGAAGAAGAAGGAAAGUCAAGUCAUUAAAAAGAGGAUUGAGGAGGCGCGACGGCUUGAGAAGGAGAUGCUCAAGCAGGAAAAGCUCAAUCGCAAGCACGAAAGCAUAUCGCGCAGCUCGGAGCGGGUGGGAUCGGGCGGACGGUCUGGAUCGUUGGAGCGGCGCCGCAGCGGAGAAGAAGCGCCCGUACUGAACCAAUCGACCGUGCACGGUAUUGCCAGCCCGAAUCGAAGACCGACAAUAUUCGAUGUGUUCCGGCCACGGAAGGGUUCCGAUUCGAAGAAAAAGAAAGACGAUGGUAGCAAAUCUGGGUCGGACAAGGAUAGUACCGGCAUGGGCAGCGGCCCGAUCAGUACCUCCGGGGGCAUAAUGAACAGUAUGAAGGCGGCCCUACACGUCGGUGGACGGCACAGCCAUCAACAUCAACAGCCGUCCGGUCAGGGAGGAACUGCCGCCGGCGCUGCCGCUGGCACGAAAGUGCGCGACGGUUCGGCACAUCCGCAUGCGGGCAGCGAUGCACAGUACUACCACACGGUAACGGCUGUGCGCCGAGCCGACGUCGGCAAGUCUCCGAUGACGAAGGUGAUGGAUUUGUUUAGGCACCGUUCCAACUCGGCCGUUUCCGAAGCGGAUAAACGUAAAGCGAAAGCUGCCGCACAACAUCAGCAACAGCUAGCCGUCCAAUCCGCUCAUAUGCGGAGAGCUUCCGCCGAACUGGCAGAACGACGGCGAGCAUCGCUUGGGGCAACGCGAGGACUACGUGCGGACGGUACGCUCGAUCCGUAUCAUGCUGCGAUCCUGUUCCGUGACUCAAGAGGGCUGCCCGUGGCCGACCCAUUCCUGGAGAAGGUUCCACUUUCGGAUCUAGAGGAAGAUGAGUCACAGAUUUUUGUCAAGUUCUUCCGAUUUCAUAAGUGCUACGAUCUGGUACCGACCUCGGCCAAGCUGGUCGUGUUCGACACACAGCUGCUGGUGAAGAAGGCGUUCUACGCGCUCGUCUACAACGGCGUCCGGGCGGCACCGUUGUGGGACUCGAAGCGCCAGGAGUUUGUCGGCAUGCUAACGAUCACCGAUUUCAUCAAGAUUCUAAAAAUGUAUUACAAAUCACCGAACGCAUCGAUGGACGAGCUCGAGGAGCACAAGCUGGACACUUGGCGAAAAGUGCUACAGGAGGAUGUGAAGAAGCUCGUUAGCAUCGGUCCAGAUGCGUCGCUGUACGAUGCCAUCAAGAUGCUGGUACACAACCGCAUCCAUCGGCUGCCUGUGAUUGAUCCGGUCACCGGCAACGUGCUGUACAUAUUGACUCACAAGCGGAUACUUAGAUUCCUAUUUUUAUAUAUUAACGAACUACCAAAGCCAUCGUACAUGCAGAAAACGCUCCGAGAGGUACGCAUUGGCAGCUACAAUAACAUCGAAACGGCCACGGAAGAUACCAGCAUCAUAACGGCGUUGCACAAGUUUGUGGAUAGGCGCGUAUCCGCCCUGCCGAUGGUGGACUCCGAGGGACGCUUGACGGACAUUUACGCCAAGUUUGAUGUCAUUAACUUGGCUGCGGAAAAAACGUACAACGAUCUAGAUGUGUCCCUCAAGAAGGCAAACGAACAUCGAAACGCGUGGUUCGAGGGUGUGCAUCACUGCUCGUUGGACGAAACGCUCUACACCAUUAUGGAGCGUAUCGUGCGCGUCGAGGUGCAUCGGUUGGUGGUGGUGGACGAGCUGAAGAAGGUGAUCGGUAUCAUCUCGCUGUCCGACAUUCUGCUCUACCUGGUGCUGCGCCCGAGCGGUGACGGUAUUGGCGACUCGGAGUCGCUCCGUGCGACCGAUCCGAAGCUGAUGAAACCGGCCUCACCGGGCAGCAGCGGCAAACUGCACGCGACGAAACGCGACAGCAGCAACGAAAGCAUCGAGGAGGAGAAAGAAACCACCGAGGAGGAUGCGGCCGUAGCGGAGGACGCUGCCCACAAGACUGAAACCGUCACGACGCCACCGGACGAGAGCGCGGAAAAGGACGACGAAGCAGUGGAACGGCAGGCGGCAGCUUUGGAACGGCGUGACGAUUCCGUCCCGGAGCUGGCGGCAGAAGAGUUGGCGGAGGAGGCGAAGGAAGACGAUACGGCAUCGACGCCGGUCGAUCGCAGCAGUGCCAAUGAUUCGCCCGUUGCGCAGGAAAUGCUCGCCACCGACGUCCCGCUGCAGUCCGUCCAGCGGGAGGUGGGAUUAGUUAGUGAGUAAGCAGGGCAAACACACCACGGGGGUGCGGUGCAACCACAACCACACGCGCGUUCGAAGACGUUCCAUUGAGAGUGUGUUUUACAUUUUGAGACACGGGAAAAGCGGAAGUGGAUCGAACGGAUUCCCUUCUCGCGCUUUCCUUUUUACGGAAAAUGGGGGGAGUUGCGUGCUUGUUUUGCUACCUAUAUCUUCUUCUUUUUUCCUGCAUGUGUGUGAUAUCGGGUCGCUCCGCGUGUUUCCAAUUAUAGUGGAAACCCGGUGCGCGACACCGACGUAAGAAAUGGCGGCGAAGGAUAGGUUGAAACAAAAAAAUAUGGUCGGAUACACUAGUGAGAAGCUGGUCGUCGGCGAUUAGUUAGGACGGCAGAGACUGUCGAUGGUACGAUAAAUCGUUGUAAAGGAUGUAGGCAGUAAGUACAAACAAAUAGCAAACAAAUCCCAAUCAAAAAAGCUUCAGCUGUGUGCGGUAGAGAGAGAGUGAGCGCAAAAAAGCAUUAGAACACAGGCGUAGAAAUACGUUUUUGCAGAACUUAAAACCAUACGAAUCUGCAACGUUUAUUCAACUAUUGACAUUUUUGCAACGCCAGCCGCAACAAACAAACAAAAAAACAACCAAACAUUCGCUUCGGCUGCUGUAGUAGAGAGUGAGGGAUAGUAUCAUGUGCUGUAGUACUUUUUUCCUUACCAAUAUUCUCCUAUCCAGUAGAAGAGAGACGGAGAGAAACGGCACACGAUUGAAGCAUAGUAUAAUAACUAAUCGUGCGAGAUACGUACCGGCGGUGUAAGUAGAAAACACACGCCGCAUCAACUACCGCUUAUCUCAUUACAGUUCUUAAACAAUUGUUCAUUUUACACAACCUCACACAUAAAAAAAUUAGUCAUCCUUCCUUAGGGUUGGGAUGUGUUUUUGUUUAAAUGUUUUUGGCAUUAUUGAAAAGGGAAUAGUUUUAUGAAUUUUACUCAUUCAACGAUUGAGAGGAAAGAUUAUUAGUGCAAUGGAAAUGUGUGUGUGUUACAAAAUUAGAACCAAAUUCAGAAUGAAUCAUGAUCGUGUGCAGUGAGUUGUUGGAGUCGCUAUUAGAAGUUAACAUUUCAUUUCUGUAACCAUCGCUGAUCGCGUUCUAUUCCCACAGGUUUGGAGAAUGUUCCGAUUGUAAGGGAGUUGACAGGCUAUGUUGACAUUUAUUACCGACCCGUAAACACUCACCUCCCUUCGUAAUGUAAUGGAAGGGCAACUUGACUUGGCUUCAAACACUAUGCGUGACUUAAUGUACUCUGGAGUGUAGUGUGGUAACAGUCGAUUGGCUCGUUGCGUUCACAUUCGAGCGAGAGCGCGAAUGUUAAAAACGCAAAAGAACGCACCAGCGAAACGUUAUGGAAUGCGAUAACCAAACUUAUUUGAUAAUAAUUUAAAAAAUUGUAGUGUAUAGAGCAAGUAAACUAUGCUGAUUAAGGGAACGGAUUGCAACAAACAGAGUUGAAAAAAAGGAUAAGAGAGAUGGAUGAAAGUAUGAAUGGAAAAGAGAUAAGAAAAACAAAAACUACAACCACAAAAAUUGUGAAUAGAUAGGUUUACCUAGGAGAGAAGAGAAGAGAGUAAUGAAGGUGAGAAAAAAAACUAUAGAGAAGCUAGCUUAUAUAUAUACAAGAUUAGUUCAUACAUAACGCGCGCACUACACAGCAAUGAGAU